CACGAAAGCAGCAGCGAACAGCAUACACCAACAGAUGUCCGUGAACUGAAUCCGAAUUUUCUCGCAACCGAUUCUUCCACUCCAACUGAACACACAAGAAGCCCUCUAUCCAACAUGGAUGUAUCUGCCUCCACGUCGUUUGAGUCGAACAACGGCACGCCGGACAAGAAAGGCCUCUCCUAUAUUGGCGACAGUACUCUUUACGACAGUGCCCUGGAUCACCAGUUGUCCACCACAGUCUACAAAUCAUGCAAUGAGAGCCUUAGCAACGAUCAGAGCCAGAAUCCGCUGCCCUCCACAAAUACUUCAAGCAAAAUAAUUGCUUCGGAAUUGGGCAACGAAGCGGUGGCUUUCAAAGCAUUCGGAAGCCCUUCCCCGGCGCAGGCGCCAGCCAUUAAUGCCAGCAUGCUGCUCAUCCAAUCUGAGAGCACCGACACAAACACCUCCCAGGAAGAGGUCGAUCCAAAGUCCCAGUUGGCCAACAAGACAAUAUUCAAGACGGAUAACCCCAACCUGUCAAUUAUAGAAAUUAACGAUAACUCCAUUAAGGAGCAGGACCUCGAAACGGAGGUGCUGCUGAUAGAGGGCGAUAGUGUGAAGAACCUGUUGAAGAAGUCGCCAAGCAAGUCACCGGAUCCCGCCAACGACAAGCGACGCCGCAAGACCGAGUCACUCCUGCAGACGAGCAAGCAGAAGCUGGACAUCUCCAUAGCGGAGGCCUCGGCAUUAGCGGAUGCAGAUGGAGAUGGAGAAAAGAAUGAGUUGAUGCCGGUGCCGGCCAUCGACCAGCCACAGACCAAGCGGGAAAUCAAAAUUUACGAUACCAUUGAAGAGUUCGAGCAGAAUCUGCCCUCAACAGUGACGCUUUUAAAUACGCCCUUCGGCAGCAAGGUCUAUCUUGUAGGAACAGCGCAUUUUAGUGAAGAGUCGCAGGAUGACGUCUCCUAUGUCAUACGCAAUGUCCGUCCAGAUGUGGUCAUGGUUGAGCUGUGUCCAUCGCGUAUACAUAUUCUCAAGCUGGAUGAAAAGACUCUGCUGGAAGAAGCUAAAAGCAUAAAUAUUCCAAAGAUUCGCGGAAUACUCCAGUCUCAUGGUUAUAUUAAUGGUAUCUUCUUCAUCCUUUUGCUGCAAAUGAGCGCCCAGAUAGCCAAGGAUCUUGGAAUGGCUCCUGGCGGGGAGUUCCGACGCGCCUUUGAGGAAAUACACAAGCUUCCUGGAUGCAUACUGCACUUGGGCGACCGACCCAUUCGCAUCACACUGUACAGGGCUCUUCGGGCUCUAUCCGUGUGGCAGACCAUGAAACUGGUGUGGCGCCUCACCUUCACGGACAGCAUCAGCAUUGAGGAAGUGGAGGAGUGCAAGCAAAGCGAUCUGUUGGAGAAGCUGAUGCAGGAAAUGGCUGGCGAAUUUCCUGCCUUUUCCGAUGUCUUUGUACGCGAACGCGAUCUAUUUUUGUGCCACUCGCUCCAGCUGGCUUCCUUGCCGCAAGCGGCGCCCGGUGCUCAGCAAAUCCGCCCAGUGCGCGUUGUAGGAGUCGUGGGCAUUGGACAUGCCAAUGGCAUUGCAAAAAUGUGGGGAACAGUUGACCCAAAAAAGAUUCCGGGCAUUCUCGAAAUCCCCCCAGCCAGCGUGGGACAGCGCGUCUGUAAAUAUACGCUCAAAUAUGGUCUAAUCGGACUGGGAUGCUACGGAUUAUUCCGCUUCUUCCGGCCGCGGUUGACGCGCUUCUUCUAGAUUUCCGUGGACCAAGUCAGAUCUGAAGACAAAGGAGACGGCUAUGGCGACUGUAGCCCUGCGUUUGCUACCUUGUUGAAUUUAUUUUUUAGUAACGAACGAAUCGCUGAACUGCGCCUGCAGAUCAAGUGAAUUAAUUGUAUUAUAUUUUAUUGUACAAUGAUGUUUUGAUAGACUCGUUUAUAUACGGAAUAUAUCAAAUGAUAUAUAUACAUGCAGAUAUCAACAAACGCAGGUACCACACAGACACAGACCAUUACACAUAAUCCUAGUUUUAAAUGUUCCGAAAUGCAGUCCGAGACGGGCCUGUUGAGGGAUCUAAAUUAAAAUUGUUUAUACUGAA